UAUUACUUAAUUUGGAAAAAAAAUAUAUUUUUGCAAAUAUCAUGAUAUUUAUAAUGGAUUUUCAGUUAUUUCUGUGUAAAAAAUAUCAGAUGACGAUCUAUUAACCGAUCUUUACAAAUUUCAUGACAAACAUUUUAUAAACUGCGUAUUUCUUUUAAUAUAGCAGCCGAUUUAUACAUACUUUUUUUAAUUCAAUAAUAGAUAAGAUUUUAUUAUUGUUCAAGUUUUUUUUUUUUGCUGAAUAACAAUUAAGAAUGUCUCACAGAUCAAGUAAAUUGUGUUAUUAUUAAUUCACAAGUGAUCGAACAAUAAAGUGUUUAAGCAUUUCAGACAGAAUUAAAUUAUUUGUUUUUCAAUAAUUUGCUAUUUAAUCCAGUAUUAAUUUGGUUUUAUAAAUUAAAACAAAAUAUGUGUAAAAUUAUUUUAUUUUUCGUUAUAAUUAAUACAGUUUCUAAACCAUACGAUUGUCAAUUUUAUAAAAAUCUAGCAACUGAAAGGUCUUUUGGACCUUCAAAUGGUUUUCAACAUGAUUUAGCAUUUCAUCAUAGAAUUAAUAAUUUACCAAAAAACUUACAGCCACAAAGGCCUAUGACUACUCCAAAAUCGGUUGUACCCAGCGCUCCAAUCAACAAUAAUAAUAAUAUAAACAUUAGUAGUGAUAAUGAAGCGGUUAAUAUCUCUUUACGUACAAUUUUAAGCGCUCCUUCCAAUUGCCAACAAACAGAUUUUAAAGGUCGUUGUUUAUAGUUUUUAAUUGUAUAUAAUAAUUUGUUAUUAACUAAUAAAUGCUAAUUGAUAAUAAAUACGUGUUUAUAAUAUAA